GCAUUUUAAAUUCAUUAAAGAAUUCAUAAAUUUAAAUAUAAUUUGUUACUUUUGUUGUCUACAAUCGAUUAUUGACAGAUGAUUCGUUGCAAGUGAUGUUUUGCGAUUAUUUCAUAUGAAAAAAGUAUAAGUUAGGUGAACGUUGUGCGGAAGGAUAUUCAAGAUUUACAUAACGAGUACUGCUGCUAGGAGUAAACAGAAAUGGAGAACCGGAAAAUCCGGCCGACAUCGAGAUUCGAGGAAGAGAUGGUCCGGAAACGGGAACGAGAAUCGCGUCGUGCCGAAACUUGGAAUGGAGCGGUCAAAUAUUACGAGAAAUUCGAGAAAAACAACGCCAAAUUCGAAGAGUGGACGAGUCCAAGGUAUUACGAAACCAACAACGACCUAAUGGCCACCAUUAAGACUAAACGCGAUAAGUUGGAUAAUCUGGAGGAGCGCAGAAAGAAACUUAGGCAGCUCUUGCAGGACGACGACAGAACUUAUGCAAUUGAGGCGACAAUGAAAAUGACGGAUAGAUUCAAAGAAAACAAAGAUAUCGAAACGUUGAAGAUGAUCAACGAUGAAAUCAAGGAGAAGGAAGAAAGGAAGCAACGGCACGAAGCAGAAAAAGGUUUGUACAAUCAUUGGCGAAACAACAAUGUUGUUCUCCGCGAGUGCCAGAGGCAAAAAAACACGAGAGAGCUCAAAUUGUCUUGGCUCGAUCAGCAAAUCGAAAAGAGGAUGGCCAAAGAGCGUGAAACGCAGAUGACGCGAAAGCAGCUCGAGGAACGCGACGCUUGCAUCAAGAGAAUGAAGGUGCAAGAAUCCGAAUUUCAAGCUAUGACGCAGCAGAAGAGCAAGCAGUUGCAAGACGAUUUGGUAACGCAAAUGAACGAAAUUAUGUUAAAAGAUAAUGAAGCCGAAGAAUUGAAGCAAUUGGAGAGGAAGCAGAUGGAGCAGCAGAUUAAAUUGAACGAAAUUCAAAAGCAAUCAGAAUUGGAGCAGAAACGACGCAAAGAUCAAGAAGUGGCGUUGUUCAAUCUGAAGCAGCAUUCACGAAAAUUGGAGCUUAAAUCAAAGGAAAUGGAGAGGCAACUGAUCGAAGAUGAAGAAACGAUACGGCGAAUCAAAGAUGAAGAGUUUCUCGAGAGGAUUGAAGACGCUCAGAAGAAACAGGUUCUAAAGGAAUCGCUUAAUUCGAUUUUGCAACUUUUGCGGGAACUACGUAAUCUCGAGCUGAGUCGAAGACCGCACAUGGGAUUCGUUUUCGAAUCAGAAGCGCGCGACUUGUACAAUCAAUUCGAGCAAAGUUGGACGCAGGAGAAGAACAUGCGCGAGGGUUUGAUGAAGGACGUCUUCUUAGAAGUAAAGUCGCAGAUCGAAGAGAACGCUCGAAACAAUUUGAAAAAACAAAAAGAUUUGUUGCAGGAAAGACAAGCUAUGCUAGACGAUAUUGAAAAACGCAAUUCUGAGCUGCAAUUGUUGGAAGAUGAGAAGGAGAGGAAGAGAGAGGAGAUUAAGAGCGAUUUAGAUGCGCAGAUUAGGUAUAAGCAAAAGUUCAGGAGCAAGUUGAACAAUUUGGAAAAGUUACGAAAUAAUGAAGAGCUGGAGAAGAUUCAGUUGGAGGAGGAAAGGUUGAAGAAGGAAAUUUCUAAAAUUAGCAUGGGCAACACGGGGAAAUUUUACGGGAGACAAAGGUUCAAAGAAUUCACAUAAUUGUUCUUUCACUUCUUU